CUGUCACUUCACUUCACUAUGAGCCAUGUCUUUUGUCGCUUCAACUUUGAAUUGCUCUCACCCGUUCUCCUACCUAGCCUGUCCGGCUGUCCGCCCCACGCCGCCCCAAGCUACUCUCGAACUUGUGCCGCCAUGGCUCGCGCCUCGCCCGCGUCGUCAGCCGUGCGCCGCUUCUCUCGUCACCUGCCCCUCGUCGUCCUCUUUCUCCUCUUCGCCUCGCCAGCCCGCGCCACGACGCAGGCCGGCCUCGACAACAACAACGUCAGAGACAAUAGCGUGACCGCUCCAGACAAUAGCGUGACCGCUCCAGACAAUAGCGUGACCGCUCCAGACAAUAGCGUGACCGCUCCAGACAAUAGCGUGACCGCUCCAGACAACUUGAUCCGCCAAGGCAAUAACGUGAUCCGCCAAGGCAAUAACGUGACCGCCCCAGACAAUAACGUGACCGUCACGGGCAAUUCUGUCAGCGGCGGCGCGAGCGGUGGCGCCGAGGGGGGGGCCGCGGCGGCGGCGGAGGAGGAGGAUCCGUACCUGGAGGAGACGCCGGAGGUGCGGCAGCUGGUGGAGCGGCUGGAGCGCAUCGCGGGGAGCAUCAAGAACCCCUGGGAGGUCCUGCUGCACCUCGACCAACUCUUCGCUCACAACGCCACCGCCGCGGGCGCGCGGGUGUCGCCUCUGGCGAGCGGCGAGUGCGGGGCGACGAAGGCGGAGAUGCGCAAGGAGGUGUCGCGGCUGGCGUUCAACCUCAAGUUCCGCCCCAUCAAGUACACCAUCAUGGGCCGCUUCUUCAGAAACCUCGCCAGAAGCGCCCGGAAGAAGGACGCGGACCUGUCGUACCUGGGGUGCCGCACGUACCUCAUCCCGUCCAACUUCGCGAUCAUGAACGUGAUCGCCAAGGGCGCGAGCGACUUCAAGUACCUGCUGCUGGCGCCGCUGUACAACAUCAUCAACGGCACGUACCACUUCAAGCGCCUCAUGGGCAUGCCGCACAGCACCACCAUGCCCACGCUCAUCCCCGGCUGGCCCAUCGCCAAGUACUUCACGCCCGUCACGCCGCUCGCGCUCAUCACCUUCGGCGGUACCUUCGUCGCCGUGGGCACGCCCGGCGCCAAGACCAUCUUCGCGCGCCUGGGGUGGGCGCAGAUAAAGGACCCCGACAUGUACUGGGGCAAGUACCUGGCGGCGCAUGGCGUCAGCACCAUGGUCAUCCCGCGCUUCAAGAUCAAGACAUGACGCGCCGCUGCGCACACAGAGGCCUCGCGGCGAUGCGCAUCCUGCAAGGUCGCCGCGUGGCACAUGGCGGUGCUGUUGACCGGCCACCAAUUUUGAGUGUUGGGGGUGGGGGGGGGGGGGUAUGGGAUGGGGAUGGUGGUGUGUGGUGGGGUUUCCCGGGUGAUGCGUUAGAUCAACCUGCUCUUGAGGUUCCUCAAUUGUUGACUACUCAGUGCUUGAGGCUCCUCAAGAGCGGGCUAGGCUUUAGAGCGGGGUUACUGGUGGUGGUCUUGCAGCCUGCGAAAAUCUAGUUUGGUCUUGUUCCUGUAUCUUGUGUUUAAGCCAUACUUCCGAUCUUGAGUGCAUAUUUCUUUGACAGUACUC